AAUUUUAAACAUUUUAAAAUUAGGAUUUUUUUAGUUUCGUUAUUAACUGGUUGUUUUAUAACUAUUUUUUCUGGAACCUUGAUUUUUAUAAUUAAUUUUAUUUAUGGUUUUAUAUGAUUUUUUACCGAGUUUAUUCAUUAACUAUUUUAAUAAUUUUUUGUGAGUAUUUUUUUAAUGUUAAAAAAGUUUAAAAUAUAAAAAACUUUGUAUAUUGUCACCCAACUAAGCUCAUAUUAAAUAAAUAAAUCUUUCCUACCUCUACUUCAUCCUUAAAUCCAAAGUCGAAUGAAAAUGUAUGCCGUGGUAGAAUUUGAAGGGAGAAAAUGUUCUGUAGUUCCAAUAAAUUGGCUAGCAGACGAACAAAAAUAUUGUUAUUGGCCAAAAGGAAACAUUUCAUCCCGCAAUUUUGACGAAAUAGUGCAGUCAUGCAGAAAACCAGAAGCAUCAUGGAAAAAAUAUAGACUAAUUAAAAUAUUUAAAAUAACAGAUGAUUUUAGUGAAGCCAAUAAUAUUUUAAAAAAUAGCAUAGAAGAGAGUACCAGUUCCGGAACCGACAUGGAACCAUUAAUACUUAUGGAUACAUUAGUCGACGAAAAAGAAAACAUGAGGGCCAAAAAAAGAGACUACGAUGAUGUUUCGUUUAGUGAUGAUAAAGCAUCAAUAUCAUCAUUUAGCGAUGGAGAAACAACAACAGCUUGUAUUAUUCAUACAGAAAAAAUAAGAAGAGAUGCAUCACAUGUGAAUUCCUUACCCAUUUCCUCUCCUGUUUUACCAGCUACGCCUGGUUCUUCCAGUAGCAGUUUGAGAGCUUCUAAUUCAGACUAUUUACUAGAAACAAUUCUUCGAAAAGUAGAACUCUUAAGCCAACGACAAGAGCAGCACACCGUGUUGCUUAAUAAUAUUUUGACAACAAAUCAGGCAGCAAAUAGUUUGACUAUGGAAAAACCAACCGAUAUCCCAAAUCUACCCAUUACAAAUAAACAAGACUAUAGGGCAGUGGAAGAAUUUUUAAAAGUUGAGGAAAAGUUUAAUUACAUGAAAACCCGCCUUGCAUGUAUUGGGGGUAGUUCGGUCAGGAAUGCAGUAAUGCACAUGAUGAAGUUUAUGCUAAGCGACAAAAUAGCAGUAAAAUUCAAUUGGUCCGGACGCGACCAUAAGAAAAAAGCUUUCCGGGAUACUUUAAUGUCCAAGGCAAUACAAGAGGCAACAAUGAGUGCAUUUUCAAGAUUGGGUGAUAGAUCGGACCUCAAUGAUAAAAAUAUACAAAGUGCAAUUCAAGAUUGGCUUAAAUUAGCCAAGCAUCGAUUAGAACAAAGGGAGAAAAAAAAAUCCCGGGAUAAUUAA